GGAUACCGUUCACGAAUAUCUGGACGAUCCUCUUGCUGACAAUGUUGAAGAUGCUUCAAAGUUACGCACUGCCGUUUUCAGAGCUAACCGUAAACGUACAGCUAACAAGCCUUACAGCAGAGGUGGUGGCAGAGGAGGUUUCAAUGCUAGAGAAUUUUUUCGUGGCUUCAGCAAAGAAUCUGGACCCAGAAAUGACAACUACAGUCAACAAAACAACUCCCAGCAGCAGUACAACGACGGACUGUGCUUUUACUGCAAAAGACCAGGACACACUGCCCGUUUCUGUCCCUUCAAAGCACGUGCCUUCAGUAGUACCAAGUCAGCACCAGCCACUAUUACAAGUGCUCCAUCCCUGUCUUAAUGAAAAAGUUGAGUAUGAUAUAGAAUUUGAUAGUUAUGAAUAUACCGAUGGCAAUAAGACCGUAAAAAAUCGAUUAAAAGAUCAUGUUCAGUUUUGGGAAGAUAGUUUAAAACCUUCUGAAUUAGUUUUAAGCACUGUAAAAUUUGGUUACGUUAUUCCUUUUAUUCAAGAACCUCCAUCAGUUUAUUUGAAUAAUAACAGAUCAGCAUUUAAUAAUUCCUCAUUUGUUUUGAAAGCUAUUACAGAAUUAAAACUGAAUGGUUGUAUUACUGAAGUUUCAAAUAAACCUUAUGUAAUAAAUCCUCUAACUGUAGCCAUCAGUGAUUCGAAGAAAGAGAGAUUAGUUUUAGAUCUGAGACAUGUUAACAAAUAUGUACAAAAACAGAAAAUAAAAUUUGAAGGGGUUAAAGAGGCCAAACAAUACGCAAAAAAGGGUUUUUUCAUGCUAAAGUUCGAUUUACGGCAUGGUUAUCAUCAUAUUAAUAUACACCCAGAACAUCAGAAAUUUCUAGGUUUUUCCUGGGUAAUUGAUGGACAAGAAAGAUAUUUUAUUUUCUCAGUUUUACCUUUUGGGCUAUCUUCAGCUGGACAUAUUUUUACUAAAGUCGUUCGUACAUUAGUUAACUUUUGGAGAUCACAAAGUUUCCCGAUUAUUGUGUAUUUGGACGACGGAUGGGCUUGUGACAGUAGGGAAAGAUGUGUACGCAUGUCAAAAUCUGUUUUACAUACUUUAUUGAAAUCUGGGUUUUUACCAAAUUUUGAGAAAUCAAUUUUUUCACCAGUGCAAAAAUUAGACUGGUUAGGUUUUUCAUGGAAUCUGGUAUCUGGCGUUAUUGAAGUUCCCAGAAAGAAAAUUGAAAAAAUACAGUUAAAAAUUGAAAAAAUUCUUUCAGAUAAUCGUUCAACUGCUAGAAACUUGGCAUGUGUUCUUGGUAAAAUCAUAUCUUUGAUUCCAGCUUUUGGUCAGAUUUGCCAAUUGAUGACACGUAAUUUAUGCGUGUCUGUUUGCCAGAGAAAUACUUGGGACUCAUAUUUUGAAAUUUCCACCCAAGUCAAAACCGAACUUGAGUUUUGGAAAAGUAAUUGUAAAUCUAUACCUAAUUUAUUGGUAUGUCCUAUACACAAGAUUCCAGAACGUAUUAUUUUUUCCGACGCCAGUAUGUAUGCUGGAGCAGGUUUUGUCGAUGGUAAUGUUUUACAAAUUGCUCAUUAUAUGUUUAGCGAACAAGAAAGACUUAAGAGCUCCACAUGGAGAGAGUUGAAAUCUGUCGAGUUUAUAUUAGAAAGUAUGUUUGCACAGUUAGCAGGAAAACUUGUAAAAAUUUAUACUGACAAUCAAAAUGUCGUGCAUAUUUGUCGAGUUGGCAGCAUGAAGCCUGAUUUACAUGAACUUGCUAUGAAUAUUUAUACAACUUGCAUAGUUAAUAGUAUUACGAUUGAGGUUGAGUGGAUCCCUCGAUCCGAAAAUGUACAAGCAGAUUACUUAAGUAGAAUUUUUGAUUUUGAUGAUUGGGCUGUGGACGACAGCGUUUUUCUUAUGUUUAAUAACAGAUGGGGGAAAUUUACGUUUGACAGAUUUGCAGACGAUAAAAAUCAUAAAAUUGCACGGUUUAAUUCAAAGUUUUGGGUUCCAGGAACUACAGGAGUCGACGCUUUCGCUUUCGACUGGUCAGGAGAAAACAACUGGAUUGUGCCUCCAGUCUGCUUAGUUUGCCGAGUUUUAAAUCAUAUGUUAACUUGUCGCGCAAAAGGUGUAUUGGUAGUUCCUAAAUGGAAAUCUGCUCUAUUUUGGCCUAUGGUUUGGAACAACACAGAAAAUAAAUUUAACGAUUUUAUCACAGAUGUUGUUGAAUUUGAUCGUCCUAAACAUUUCUUUUUAUCUGGUUCAGACAGAGACAGUGUUUUUGCUAAAUCCCCAUUCAUCAGUAGCGUCCUUGUUUUUAAACUUGAUUGUUCAUCGUAGGAGGUCACAUUCCUUUGUACGGUUCAAUGCACAAUUUUACUAUCGGGUGUAAAUUUUUACUACACGGUAAAAUACACGUAUCAAAAUAGGUAAUUACUACGGAAUGGACCCACACGCUUACAUAUGUAUACAUUAUUAGUUCAAAGACAGUGCAACAUGGAGGAAAAUUUCUCAGUUUGCGAAUUCAAAUCAAGAGUUUACCGGAUGUGAAAAAAGCAUUUUCAAUAUUGUGAGAAGCAGUAAAGCAGUUUCUACAAAUAAAAAGUAUGAUGUGUAUUUCAAAAAAUUUAAAGAAUGGUGUAUUUCAUAUAAAGUUAUUCCGUUACCUGCAAGUGUAUCCUCCGUUGCAGUUUAUAUUAGUGGCCUUGUGCAGCGAUCCGUAUCUGAGUCUGUUUUAUUAGCUCAUUUUUAUAGCAUAAAGUGGUAUCAUGAUUUCAGUUUAGUGUGCAAUCCGUGUGAAGACAAGCUUAUUCAGAUGAUGAUUGAAGGAGCUAAGAGAAUUCUAAGUAAACCAGUUUUGAAAAAAGAGCCAAUUACAGCAGAUCAUUUACAGAAGAUAGUGGACAAAAUUGGUAGUGAUCGUGCUCAUUUGCCGAAUGUUAGAAUUUGUGCUAUGAUGUUAGUUGGUUAUGCAGGAUUUUUACGCUACAGUGAGAUAGCAAAUUUAAAAAUGUGUAACAUAAAAUUUUUUGACACUUAUGUUUCUUUGAAUAUUGAAACUGGGAAAACUGAUGUAUAUAGAAGGGGUAAUAAUGUUAUAAUUUCUAAAACAAAUUUGCCUACCUGUCCAGUAGUUUGGUUAUUGACAUACAUUAAUUUAGCUAAAUUGGCUUUGGAUUCUAAUCAAUAUGUGUUUCGUUCUGUUAGAUUUUUUAAAUCAAUAAAUUCUUAUAAGUUAGCAGAGGUUAAUCGUCCGUUAUCUUAUACUAGAGCUAGGGAGUUACUUUUGGGCACAUUAACUGCGAUUGGUCUUGAUUGUAAACUUUUUUGUCUUCAUAGUUUGCGCAGUGGUGGUGCAACUGCUGCUGUAAGAAAUGACGUUUCUGAUCGUUUAAUUAAAGAGCAUGGAAGGUGGCGUACCGAUUUUGCUAAAGAUGGUUAUAUCAAAGAUUCUGUUAAAAAGCAACUAACGGUUUCGUCAAAUCUUGGUAUAUAACAGGUUAUAGAUAUUUAACAAUUUUGGUGAUAUUAUUCAGCUCAAUUAUACUAUGAAUUUGCUAUUUUUUGCCCUUUGUCUCGAGGUUAUAGCGAGUAGCACACCUACUUUAUGUCGUUUGUUCUUUGUUAAGGCCAUAGAAUAUUAAUUACUUUAUAUUCGGACGAACGUAGUGAGGGAGAAUAUAAAUAAAAUUUAGUUCGUCAUACGUAAGUAGUUCAUGAAUAUUCAUGACAUGUGACCAUUUGUCCGCACUUAAAACCCGUGCGGUCAUCUUUCUGACCAUCGACUCUCGCUAUAGCCUAAAGUAGACACGUGUAUUCACGGUUGAUUUAAUGUGAAUUUGUAAUUGGAAUUAUGAUAUUAUUGUUAUUAUGUUUGUAUGUGGUACAUACAUUGUUGUAUUAUAUAGAAUUAAAGGUUAUAGCGAGUAGCACACCUA